AUCCAAUCAUUCAUGAAUCUCGAAUAACUUUGCAGUUUUUGACGAUCAGAUCAAAUCCAUUAUUGUUACCCCAAAUCGUACAGUACGUGUCCAUUUCGGGUCCCACAAUGUUUGUCUCAAAACGCUGACAUCGACACUUUCGUGGGGAUUACAAACAUAAAGGAAAGCUUUUUUAAUCAGCAAUGGUGAUGACACAUUGUACACGCUUCCAACAUCUUCUUCAACCCAAAUUACUCUUUUCUCAUUCUCGUGUUUUCCGUCAUCCUCAUAUCAGAGCUCGCACGCCCCUCAGAUCGAUUAUGGGUUCGUCUUCGUCUUUCUCCUCGAAGCUUCUCUUUCGUCAGCUCUUCGAGAAAGAGUCCUCGACUUACACUUAUCUUCUCGCCGACGUUUCACAUCCUGAUAAACCCGCUCUUUUAAUUGAUCCGGUGGACAAGACUGUUGAUAGAGACCUGAAACUAGUUAAUGAGCUAGGCUUAAAGCUUAUCUAUGCUAUGAACACUCAUGUUCAUGCUGAUCAUGUCACUGGAACUGGACUUCUUAAGAAAAAGGUUCCUGGUGUGAAAUCCGUCAUUUCGAAAGCUAGUGGUUCCAAAGCAGAUAUGUUUCUUGAACCUGGUGACAAAGUAACUAUCGGCGAUCUGUACCUUGAGGUUCGUGCUACACCAGGACAUACCGCAGGAUGUGUUACAUAUGUGACUGGAGAAGAAGCAGAUCAGCCCCAACCAAGAAUGGCUUUUACAGGAGAUGCUGUACUGAUCCGCGGUUGUGGGAGGACCGACUUUCAGGGUGGAAGCUCGGAUCAACUCUACGAGUCUGUACAUUCACAGAUAUUUACAUUGCCAAAGGACACACUGAUCUAUCCAGCUCAUGACUACAAAGGUUAUGAGGUAAGUACAGUUGGAGAAGAGAUGCAACACAACCCACGUUUAACUAAAGAUAAAGAAACAUUCAAAACCAUCAUGUCAAAUCUGAAUCUGGCGUAUCCGAAAAUGAUUGAUGUUGCAGUACCAGCAAACAUGGUAUGUGGAUUACAAGAGUAGCCUUCUCAAGCCCACUAAAACUUUCUACACAACUCUCUUUACACUCCAUUCUAUGUUUUAACAGAAGCCAAUAAAACUAUUCAGAGGUUGUUUGUCCAAUAAGAUCUGCAUUAGAUAAGAUCAUUAGAAGAAUGUGUAAGUUAGAUUGAACAUAUGGAAUUUGUAAUGAAGAUGAAAACAUAUUUGCGUGUUCAUC